CUGUGGAUUACACCAGAUAUUCAUCCUUCGUCGGAAGGCACCAGGAUCUAUUUCGCUAAAAUGAAGUUAUCAGUAAUUGGACUGUUUAUAUGUGUGCUGGUAUGUAUAGCAUCCGUAGUAGAAUCGUCCCCUUACAGAUCAGGCGGCGGAUUGAUGGGUGGUUUCAAAUUUACUCCAAAUGGAAACAUGAGGUUUAAAUUCAUGAAUAAGAGAAACAAGAAUAAGAAAUCUGGAAUUUGGAAUCCAUUUAUAAGGAGAUUCGUGUUUAAGGCUCGCACGAUGAGUCUAUCAACCAAUGUGCUUGUUCUAUGUUUGGUGAUAUGCUUAGCAAUCGUAGUAGAAUCUGCCCCUCUCAGAUCAAGUGCACUGUCGGGUAUGAUCAAUUUCACGAAGGAUGGAAAGAUUAAGUUCAAGUUCAAGGAUAAGAAGAACAAGAGAAAAAAGUUUUUGGCUUGGGAUCCUGUAAAUAGAGCAUUUGUGAAAAUAAAAAACCCAUUCGUAUUGGAAGGAACAACACCUCCACCUCAAACGACUACAAAAAAGCAAAAGAAACGGAAACAGAAAAAGAAACGACAAUAACAAUAACAACGACAUAAAUUAACGAAGGAUGUACUCGCUGACGGUUCAUAACAAAUAAAGAAAAAUACAUUUGCACAAUGUCACAAUAAAAAGCUUUACGCGACCGAUCUAGAAAUAUUAAACAUAUCUUGAGUUAAUAAUACAUGUUUAAUUGUAUGACUGAAUACCACACUUGUUGAACAAAACUACACUUUAUAUUUGCUUGCUUUUAA